GACAGAUGGGACGUCCCAGGAAGCAGCAGGUCCCGCCCACACAUUGGCAGCCGGACACGGGUCACGGCGCAGUGUGUGUGGGCAGGGGCAGGAGGUCCUGCUGCCAGUCCCAGGGCAGGACGCAGAGGCACACGCUCGGCAGACGCCUCGACACCCCAGGGAGCCGGGGGUCCGGGACAGGCAGGGUCCCGCGGAGGGAGGAAUAGGAACCAUGUGUCGGAGAAGGGACGUCCUGGUUCUGCUGCUGCUCUGUACGGCCUGCGGCCAGAUGGUGCACGCGGAGAAUGUGACGGUGAUGGAGGGGGAGAUGGCGGAGAUCACCUGCAAGCUGCACAGUUACGACGGGUCGAUCGUGGUCAUCCAGAACCCCAACCGGCAGACCCUGUUCUUCAACGGGACCCGAGCGCUGAAGGACGACCGUUUCCGACUGGUGUCCUUCACACAGCAUCAGCUGCGCAUCGCGCUGUCUGACGUCAGGGUGGAGGACGAGGGCGGCUACUACUGCCAGCUGUACACCGAGGACACCCACCACCAGGUCGCCGUGGUCACCGUGCUCGUGCCUCCGAAGCCAACAGUCAGGGUGCUGGGGGAGCCCGCCAGGGAGAACGGCGAAGUGGAACUUCAGUGCACUGUCCCACGGAGCAAGCCUCCCGCCAGGAUCCACUGGAUCAGGGACAAGAAAAAACUGCAAGGAGUCACUACCCAGGAGCAGCAGGGGAAGAUCUUCACGGUGACCAGCGUGGUGAAGAUUCCGGUGGUCCGCAAGGACGAUGGGACCAUCGUGACCUGUGAGGCCGACCUCCCGGGGGUGAAGGGGCAGAAGCGGCGGACAGAGUUCCCGCUCAGCGUGCGCUAUUCCCCAACGGCUAAAGUGGAACCCCCACCGGUGAUCCUGAGGGAAGGAGAUGAUCUGGUCUUAUCCUGCUCCGUGACAGGGAACCCACUGCCCACUCAGGUGACCUGGAGCCGGCUGAAUGACAGCCUCCCGGAGCGGGCGGAGCCACAGGGCCAGUCACUGACCGUGCGCCGACUGACCGCUGCCGACAACGGCACCUACGUGUGCGAGGUCCACACCGAAAUGGGCAGUGCAACUGACCAGUACGUCCUGGUGGUGUACGAGGUCCCCACCACUGCAUGCACCCCUCGCCCUUCAACAGAUCCAGGAGCAGUGGUGGAACCGCAGACGGCCACCAGUUACGCCAUUGUGGGAGGGGUCCUGGCCGUGUUUGUGUUCAUCGUGCUCUGUACGCUCAUCGUCACCGUCUGGGUCUCCCUGAGGCAGAAAGGGUCCUACCUGACCCACGAAGCGAGCCGGUUGGAUGAGCAUGGAGAGGUGAGGGAAGCCUUCAUCAACGGGAACGAAAACCACGAACUAAAGAAGGAAUAUUUCAUCUAGUCCCUGGAGGUGUUGGACGAGGAUCAGCAGCCAUCGCUCCACACCCCUUGUUCAAAGACUCAGUGAUUCUUGGAUUUUUUUUUACAAUUAUCUUGGGAUUAAGGAAUAGACCGUCUGUCUCCCUGCGAAGAAUUGAUCCACCUCGGGAUUUGGAAAUAGAUAUAUUAUAAACACAAGAAAACUCAGUGAUGCAGAGACAAAUUUUGCAAAGCAGUGAGCGUUAAUGAAUGCGGUGGGCUCCCCCUGCCUUUAAUUGCCACAACAGAACCUCCACUUCGGAGACUGGGAGAUGGGUUUUUCCUACUUCCAUCUUUUUGGGGGAUUGGAAUGAGUCAGGUACUGGGAAUAUCUGCCACUGCGAACUGAGCACGACACCUUCUGUAAUUAACGGUGGGGUUGACUCCCUACUGGACGGUCGCUUGUUAUGGCUUGUCCGGACCGCCAGCGAUUCUGGGAAGACGGCGUCAUCAGGCACAUCCAAUGGGGCAGUGCGGAAGAAACCAUUUGGCCCAUCAUGCCGGUACUAGGCACUGACUCCAGCCCCAAGUUUGACCCCCGCGCGUCCCCAACAGGAUUCCCCAGCCUGGAAUUUCCCGGAACAGCUGGAGAGGAGACCCGAGUGACGGGGGUCUAGCAGGGGUUUCGAUGGAGCAAACAUAUGCCCGGUCGGAGGGGGGGGGGGGUGGUGGGUGGGGUUUGUCCGCGUCCCGUUUCCGGACUCUCCGUGACCCGGGGGAGGGGGAUUCCCUCUGUCCCUGCGGCUUCCUCGGGGCCUUGUGCCAACCGAUUCCCAAUGGACGGAGAGAGGUCCCAGGUUGAGCCGGUCGGCUGACCCCCAGCGCCUGGCCUUGCCCUUUGACCCUCUCCCUAUUCCCAGAUUUCCCACUUUUUGGGUGAAUUGUUGACCCCCCCCCCCCACCCCAUCCCAUGAUGGGAUCCCAGCCUUUACCAACAUCCUCCCCACGCCUUCCCGAGUCCGACCGGGAUGGGCUCGUGGGCUCCUCCCAUUCGCCGGGGGGUGCAGGAGGAAUGGUUUGAAGGUGGCGCCGGGGAUGCGUGGAGGUGGGUGGGUGAGGGUCACAGGAUUCAGGGUCUCCCUCGCGGAAGCUCCCCACGCCCCUCACCACACCCCCCCCCCCACCCUGAGUAAUUCUGACAGUGGGGGGAGGGGUGCAAGCAGGGUCCCGUCCCCCAACCAAUCGGAUCACAGCUUCCCGCCAGGGUUUCGGCCAUCUUGCUGCCAGCAUUUAUCGCCUCACCCUCACCAUCCCCCGGAGAAGGUGGGGAGGGGGGUGAGUCGCACCCCCCCCUCACCUCGAACCGCUGCAGUCCGUGUGGGGAAGGGGCUUCGGUGCCCUCGGGGAGGAGGGAGUCCCAGGGGUUCAGGGUGGACGGUGCGCACUCACUGUGUGAAGGGGAGGUCACCCCCCACCCCCCCUUAACACCGCCAUCAAACCCCAAUACACCAACACACCCGCUCUCCUCCUGUUGGACACCAGAGGGCGAAGGUGAGCAGCCCCCGCUGCCGCCGUGGAGCAAUGGCCUCACCUGGUGGCGGCACGGCCGCACUGCAGGUCACUUGUCCUCUUCCCCACCCAGGCCGGGAGGCACAGGAGAUGCAGGUGCUGCAAUCUGGAGCAACACACGCUGUACUGGAGGAAUUCGGAUGUAUGACCCGCUGAGCUCCUCCAAGUGCACUGUUGCUCAGACCUAAUCAAGCAGGUAAUACCGGGAGCAUUCUUCUGCUCUUUGUUCCUUUUGUUUUGCUUGCUUUUGCGGGCAGUGAGGUAUUUUUCACGCCCUGAAAGACUAACAGGGACACAAAAUGCCCCUUUGUUCACGCACUGAAAUGGAAUGGUGGCAGAGUGAACUGGAGCGAGUGACUCAGUGGGGCGACUGAGUGAGAACUUUGCAGGUGGGAGUCCCAGAGACACCGAUCCCUCUCCUGCUGUUCUUGGGACGUUCUUUGCAACCCCUCAAGUCGGGGAAAGAAGGAAGACGAUGGACCUGGGCGGCCGCCACUGUGUGUGGGAUCUUGCUGUGCUCAAACCUCUCAA